AUGAAAAUUCACUCUGUCCAGCUUCACAACGAAAUUCAGGCCUCGACGGUGUCCCAACAGCUCUUCCAUGACACAAAAGACGAAAACUCUUUAACGUACGACUUGCUGCUGCAAUGUGGCCCGGAUUUGUUCGAGUUUCGAUGUCACAAAGCCAUUUUCGCGGCAUCGAGUGAAUUUUUGUGGCGAAUGUUGGAAGCUGCGAUGCCGUAUCCGUGCCCGGUGGUACUUUUGCCCGACAUCCGACCCCAAACGAUGAGAUAUAUCAUUGAGUUUGUGUACAACGGCGAGAUUCGGGUGCCACUUUGCGAGUAUGCGGACUUUGUGGAGGGCUGCGAACUGCUGGAAUUAAAGGGAUUGAAGGAGGAAAGGGAUUCUGAAAGUGAUAAAGAGUCAGAAAUGUCGCCAAAAAAGCCGAAAUCUGCAGAAAAAUUGAGAAAAACGUCAAAAUCUCGGAUUUCAGACGCAAGAAAAUCAAGUUCUAGCACGGAGCCUUCAGAUGAAAAAACUUCGAGCGGCGAUGAAUUAAUGGAUACCGACUCCAACGAUGACGGAGACACGGAAAAAAGCAACAAAAGUGGAUCUCCUCGCAAACUUCGUCGGAGCAUCAAGACGAAGCGAGCUCCAACAAACACCAUUCUUGUACCGGCAACCCCGGAAAACAUUUCUGUCUCUCGAAAUCAAGUCAGAGACGUCAUUUGGAGCCUUUAUGCAUCACUCAAACCCGCAUCUGACGAAAAAACUAAAUUAGAUUUACAAAAAGCAACGAAAGCGACGAAAUUGGUACUGUAUAACAAGAAGAUUUGGAAGGCACGACACGAUUGUGGCUUUUGCGGGAGAUCAUUAAGUCUGUUUUAUCAAGCAAGUGAGACGAGAACCUUAUGGCACUGUUCCGGUUUGAGAAGACAUUUGCGAAGUAUUCACAAAUUUCAUUAG